UUAACUUUAAUAACCGAAAAUUUGGCAGCCACGCAAAGCUAGGGUCUUCCGCAUUUCGUCGUGUCACUGUUCAUUGACAUCGGAAACUUCUAAGCCACAGAGCGCCCUGACAAAAAAAAUGGCGGCAAUCAGGACGAUGACGAACUUGAUCAUACGCGAGUUUAUCCACCACCCUCUCCUCUUCCACUCUUCGUCGAAAUCGUGCCACUCUCUUUUCCCAUCGCUCCGUCGCACUCCCGGGAUCGCUCGGGUUCACUCCAGUUCCCGAUUCGGAUCCUUCCGAUGCGCGGCGUCGAAUUCUGGUGGCGGUGAUCGGAAAGUUUCGUCACGGUUGUCUCAGGUGCAACAGAUGCUUCAUGAGGCGGAGGAGAGAGCUAGCUCUGCUGGCAACGAGCCUACUCCUCAAAUCACUCUACACCAUGUUACGCUUAACUUUGCUAGAAGCGGUGGUCCUGGAGGCCAGAAUGUGAACAAAGUGAAUACCAAAGUAGAUAUGCGCUUCAAUGUGAAAAACGCCUACUGGUUAAGUGAGAGGAUCAGGGAGAAAAUCUUACAGACGGAGAAGAAUCGGAUCAACAGGGAUGGAGAGCUUGUGAUAUCUUCAACCAAAACCAGAACGCAGAAAGGCAACAUCGAUGAUGCACUUGCAAAGCUACAGGCGAUUAUUGAUGCGGCUUCGUAUGUUCCACCUCCACCAUCAGAAGAACAGAAGAAGAAAAUCGUAAAGAUGGCUGCAAAAGCUGAUGAGAAACGGCUUAAAAGCAAAAAAGUUCUUUCGGACAAGAAAGCAGCCAGAAGAGACCGCAGUAGUUGGGAUUGAACUUAAACCGAUACAAUGGAGUUCACGUUGAGUCCAAAGCUUUAACUUAGAUGAGCAUGUCAUUUUCUUGGCGUUAACUGUUACGCAACAAUAACAAAAAAAAUAUCAUUCAACACUUGAUUCUAUAGUUGAUAUAUAUUUUUACUGUCUAA